AUGAGCGAGGAUAUACGCGGGGUGCAUGCAAGUGGCAGCGGUGAAGAUGUUGCGACUACCCCUAAAAGAGAGAGUCGUAGGAAACGGCUGUCCGUUGGGUUUGUGCACAGGUCUCCGGGCAGUGACGAUGACGGUGAUGAUGGUGAUGGUGAUGACGGUGAUGGAUACUUGGCGACUCCCUCGCCUCCUGCUGGGAGCAGCAGGGCGAGGCGGUCGUCCACGUCGCUUGGGUUUUUGGCGACGCCACGGACAGAGGGGCGGCACUCGCAGGCGGCGCACCACAGGGCGAUAAGCGCGACGUUUACGUCUCCGAGGGCACGCUCGCUGCUUCCACCUACAACGCCCAAGUCGCGCAACACAGAGGUGUUUCUUUCGCCGUCGCAGCUGCAGGAGCAGCUCAAGUCCCCGAGCCACUCCAAUCAGGGGAGUGUCUCCAAGGACAACAAACCCAUUAAAGAACUCUCGCAUAACUUGAAGACAAGGCUCAGUUACGCUUUUGUCAAAUUGCAGAACGGGUGGGUGGAUAAGACGCUUCCUGAACUGGAGAACGAACUCACGCAACACGCAUACAAUAAGGCAGCGAUACUAACCAGCCCGCAAAGGAUCUCGCCGUCGCGUCAGACGGGGCCACCCGUCGCUGCUGCGUCGCCCACCACGAAAUACGUCAACAAGUUCGCCUCUUCGCAGGAGGAGGCUGGGCCUUCAGGGGACGCACGGGCAACAGAGGGAACGGAGGCUCACCUUGCAUUCUUGCAAGCAUUGUCGCCCUCGUUGCGGCAAUCCCGCGGCGGGGAACCCGCACACAGCGAGUCAGGAACACCAAGUAGAGACCGACUCAACGUGUCACCGAUACGCUGGACGGGGAGGGCGCCGACGCCGGCGCUAUCAAAAGCCAAACCGGCGCCCAGCAGCGUUUCUGACCCGCGGGGGAAGACCAGUGGACAAGCGGACGAGGUAGACGUCGUCGCAGUGGAGACACUGAUGUCCCUCAGCUCUACACAGCAACUCGCCCCGCCGACGAGGAUCGCAGAUAAGCCUACACGCGGAGACGAGACGGAAGUGGAGACAGACUCGGAGUAG